AUGAAUACAUCUCAGGCAUCAGUGUCAUUCAAGGAUGUGACUGUGGAGUUCACCCAAGAGGAGUGGAAGCACAUGAGCCCUGCUCAGAGAAUCCUUUAUAGAGAUGUGAUGCUGGAGAACUACAGCCACCUCAUCUCAGUGGGGCAUUGCUUUUCAAAACCAGACGUGAUCUACAAGCUGGAGCAAGCAAAAUAUCCAUGCUUAUCAGAGGAAGACUUUCUAAACAGGGGCUACCCAGAAGACUGCCAACUUGAUGACUGGUUAGAGAAGAGCCUAGGAAACCAAGACAAACAUCUGUGGCAAGUUUUAUUCACCAAUAAGAUAUUGACCACUGAGCAAGAGAAAAUAUCAGGAAAACCACGUAAACUGGACAUAGAUAUAUUUACUUCAAGAAAAAUGCCCUGUAAAUGUGACACUACAGUGCCUACUUACAAGAAUUUCAUAUCAUUGGUUCCACAUUAUAGUUCUUCAAGAAAGAAAGAUGAUGAGUUUAAAGCAUGUGCAAAAUGUCUCACUGUUAGAAAUGAGAGAAUGAAUACUGGGGAGAGUUGUUUAGCUUACAAUCAGAAUGUGAAAACAUUUAGUCAGGAGGAGGAGUGUGUUCAUCAUUGGUCAGUGCAGACUUUUGGGCAAACUUUUGAGAAUAAUGAAGAUGGAAAAGCCUUCCAUGAGAAAGCAGCUUUCAUUACACCUAAGAGUGACCAUACAAAACUAAAAUCCUAUGCUUAUAAUAAAUUUGGUAAAACUUUAUGUGAAUCUACCCUUGAUAUAUCUCAGAGCAUUCACACAAAAGAGAAGAAUGAAUAUGAAUUUAAUGAAAAUGAAUGUAACAAAAAUGGGGAUAAUUUCAUUAGUAUCACUCAACUUCACAGAAAAGACCCAGAAAGGAAAAUGUCUAUCAAAAAAUCCGACCUCAGAGGACAUCAGACAGGUCACACAGAGGUGAAAAUACUUGAAUGUGGAAAAAGCUUCAACCAUAAUUUAGCCCAUAUUAUACAUCAGAAAAUUCACACAGCAGCAAAAUCCUGUGUUUAUAACAAAUGUAGAGAAACUGUUAAAUACCAGUCAGCCUUAAAACUCCAUCAGAAAAUUCAUACAAGGGCAAUACCCUAUGAAUGCAAAGAAUGUGGAAUAUCUUUCUCUAGGAUGUCAUACUUCAUUUUCCAUCAGAGCACACACACAGGUAAGAGGCCUUAUAAAUGUGAAGAGUGUGGGAAAUCCUUCAGCUGGAAGUCACGCUUCAGUGAACAUCAGAAAAGUCACACAGGGGUUAAACCGUAUAAAUGUAAUGAAUGUUGGAAAAGUUUCAGGUAUAAGUCAGACCUAAGAAAACAUGAGAGAACUCACACAGGUGAGAGACCUUAUGUAUGUGGUGCGUGUGGGAGAUCUUUUAGCAGGAAGUCAAACCUCACUCUACAUCAGAGAAUGCACACAGGGGAGAAACCCUUUAAAUGUAAUGAGUGUGGGAAAACUUACAGUGAUAAAUCAGCACUAAGAAAACAUCAGAGAACUCACACAGGAGAGAAACCCUAUAAAUGUGAUGAAUGUGGGAAAGGUUUCAGCCAAAACUCAAUUCUCAGAAGUCACCAGAGAACACACACAGGGGAGAAGCCUUAUGAAUGUAAUGAAUGUGGGAAAGGUUUCAGCCAGAGCUCAAUCCUCAGAGGUCAUCAGAGAACUCACACAGGGGAGAGACCUUAUAAAUGUGAUGAAUGUGGGAAAUCUUUCACCUGCAAAUCAUAUAUCAGAAUUCAUCAGAGAUCUCAUACAGGUGAGAGACCCUAUAUCUGUGAUAAAUGUGGGAAAUCUUUUCACUGGAAGUCAAACCUUACAGUGCAUCAGAGAACUCACACAGGAGAGAAACCCUUUGAAUGUAUUGAAUGUGGAAAAGCUUUUAGCAGAAAAUCAAGAGCAAUGAGACAUCAUAGAAUUCACACAGGAGAAAAACCUUAUGAAUGUAAUGAAUGUGGGAGAGCUUUCAGAGAGAAAUCACACCUUAGAGGUCAUCAGAAAACACACACACGGGAAAAACCAUAUAAAUGUGAUAAAUGUGGGAAAACUUUAAGCUCUAAGUCAACCCUCAGAGUCCAUCAAAGAAUGCAUGCAAAUUAUAAGCCCUAA